UGAUGCCCUGAUCUUCUGCCGUCCCCACAUCGUUCUCGAUCCCGAUGAGCCGAAUCGUCUGCGCUGGCUGAUGGAGAGCACGUUCGACUGGGUGCCCAACACGUUUCAGCGCGCCUGGGAGGAUCUGAUUGAGGAGCGUAAGGGAAUAUCAGUGUCCUGGAUGGAUACGUGUUCGCCGUGGAUGUGUUGAUGUGGGAAGAGGGCUUUCAGAAAAUCAAGGUGGAGGAUUCAGAAACGGAUACGCGUUUCGUGCGGCGUUCCUUCUACUCGCAUCUCUCUAACCCGGCUCCCUCUGCGCCCUAUUCCUGCCUGCUGGUCUUCACGACGGUGAUGAGUGGGCAAGCCAAGGGUGUGAUGAUCCAGUCGGUGGUGGCGGAGCGCUUCAAGCACGCCCAGGAGACGGUGGACAGCUCCGGGAGGAUCCGCUCGCCGGACGUGCCGCCGCCGUCCCUGAAGAUCCCCCUGGCCGCCCGGCACUGGAUCAGUAACGCGUACAGUGGAUCGCUGCGGAAUAAUGUGGUGGAGAUGUACCGGGAUCUGCAUCUGCUGGCGCGGCAGGUCAAGGAUGCGAUUGUCCAUCCCCUGAAAGCCAUAAUAGCACAUGGUCUGGAUCCGCCUCUCCUGGUGGGAUUAGAAGCCCUCCCGAUGGAGGUCCUGGAGCGACUGGCCCACACGCUGCCCACCAGCGAAGCCAUGCGUCUGGCCCGCACCUGCAAACGCCUCUUCUCCAUCGUCGACCGGGAACGCCUGUGGCGUGCGUAUCUGCUGCGGGAUUUCAAGGGAUUUGCCACGUUCACCGAGGAGGAGAUCAAGCGGUUUCAUGGUUCCUGGAAAGAGUGUUAUGAAGCGGAGACCAAACGGCGCAACUCGGCCAAAGCGGAACAGAUGCGCCGCUAUGCCGGAUAUACCCGGCUGAUGCCGUACUUUCCCCUCUCGCAGAUGCAUUUCGCCUAUCCCGCCGCGCCACCGGGAUUCGAUGAUGAUGAUUUUUUCUAAAUGGGAGUAAAUGGCAGUUAUGUUGUAUCAGAUUCUGGCUUGUUUUCGGUGAUGGUUAUACGGCUUAUAGCGAAUAGUUUUCUACGUGGAUGUGCUGAUUUCGGUGUAGUGUUUCGGUGUCUACAGAGUACGGGAAGGACAUUGCGACAGCCUGACAGAAAUGAUUAAAACAUGGAUGGAUGAAAUGCGAGUUUUUCUGAU